AUGAGCCUUGUUCGUGAAUUUAUUUUAAAUGCUACAGAAAAAUUCUUUUCCUUACCAACGCAAGAAGUUAAGGAGAAAAAUGACGAAGCAUUAAUGAAUUUCAUUCAUAACUCUCAAACACUUGUGCUUCAAAUAUUUAUUGACAGUGGAUCGUCACUGUUUUUUUUUACAAAGAUUCAAGAAGGAGUGAAAAAAUCUAUUAUAUUUUAUAAAACAUCUGCUCAAGAAUUAACUAGUCAAGAUUCUCUUAAUAGUAUAAAUAUUAUAACUCUGAAUAAUGGUGCAGCAGAAUCGUUGUAUCAAAUUUUGAGACAAAUCUACAGUCCUCUACUUGCUGUGGGAGAAGAUCUAUAUUCAAACAAACUUCAAAAAAACCUCUCAGAUUUACAGGCUAAUUUGAGAGUCCUUACUCAUGGCAAAGAACAUGAAAAUACAAAAGUAAUUUUGUCUAUUGAAGAUGAAAUAGACUAUUGGAAAACUAUGGGACAACAAAGAGAUGCUAAUAAAAAGGAAAGAGAAGCAGCAUCUUCAUUUUGUGUGUUAUUUGAAGAUAUUUUUGAGGAAAUUAGAUCUUUACAAACCAGUGUUAUGCAAGAAGUUAAAGAUUCCGCUGAGAAUAUUGCUGGAAUAUUAGAUGAUGUUUGGAGGUAUACAGUACACCCAUAUUCAGAGGACAGGAUGAUACAUAUUUUUGAUAUAAUUGGUCAUGUUAUCUGCUCAGUUAUUCAAAAAGCUGUUUCGCAAAUAGACCCAUGGAAGAUCCAUGAUGGGUAUAAAGAUAAUGAAAUUCUAGUGCUAAUGACGGAUGGACUUAUUGUUGUUCAAACGUGGAUUGGUGCUUGUAAAUCACUCACUGAUACAUAUUGGCCGAACUACGCUUUACAUCCUUGGAAAGGAAAACCAUACAUACCAAAUUUCUGCAUCAAUUUUGAAACUAGACUAAAAGAGAUACAUAAUAUCAGGUCGACUUAUAACCAAUUGGUUAAAUUGUUAACUGAGAAUGAGAAAGCUGAAUUAAGUAGCCACCAGUUUCUAGAGCCGUUCAAAAAUAUUAACGUUUGGAUUUAUAAUGGUCCGAAUCAAUCAUGGGAAUCAGCUGUUGCAACAUUUUCGGCCAAAAUAAGACCUGCAGAAUCUAAAAUAAUUGAGAAACUGAAACCACGCAUGAACAAUACGUCUACUAAGCAGAUGCUCUACGAGUUUAUUAGAUACAAAACUCUCAUAAACAGGCCACUAGUGAAACAUGCUCUCAGCAACGAGCUAGACAUAUUCGUAAGCUCCCUUCUUGCGAUGCUCAAAACGAUACGAAGCCAGAUGGACUCUGACGAAGUGGACGUACAGAUGAGUCAGCCGGCCGAGAUGUCACCUCUCGUGCAGCGGGUGCAGUGGGCUAAACAAAUGGAGGCAAAAGUGAAGGAAGUAGUGAUUUGCAUUGAAAAUUAUCUUGGCGAAUUCGAAAACAGCGAGGAGGUGCUGAAGCUCGCAUCUCAACUUCUUCGAGAUCUCAAGACUACGUACACUCAGUUGCACGAAGAUUGGUCCAGAGAUAUUCAGGCGCUCGUGCGGGACGAGUCGGCGGCGGCCGGCGACGGGCCCGUGGUGCGCUUCUCGCGCGAGGAGCGCCUCAUGGAGGUGCGCUUCGAGCCGCGACUGGUGCGCGCCGAGAGCGAGGCGCGCGCGCUGGCCGCGCUGGCGCUGGCGCCGCCCGCCGCCCUGCGCGCCGCGCUGGCCGCGCUCACGGCGCCGCUCGCGCACGCGCGCGCGCUGCACCAGGUGGCGUCUUUUCACAAUACGUUGGGUGAACGUAUGAUCCCAUCGACGCGACCCAUGAUGCUGCAGGCGGCUCUGGAGCUGGCGGCGCUCGUGCAGGACGACCGGCCGCUGUAUUGGCAUGACGAAGAAAAAUUGAUCGACUACACGGAGCGACUGAAACGUGUUGUCCUUAAGCUGGAGGGUCAGAACACUUAUUUAACGGGACAACAUUUGUGCAUCCGAAGUAUUAUAGUAAAACUUAUGGAUACUGAUCUUCUCGCCAAGCAAAGCGAAUGGAAAAAAGGCAUUAAAGAUAUACGGGAUAUAAUAGAAAAAGUGGAGGCGAAUGGCUACAAAAAUACUGAUAUGUGGCGUUCGCACUGGGACUUUCAGUUGUAUAAAACUCUAGAAUAUCAAUACAUCAAGACGCUACUAGCUCUACACAAGCAUUUCCCCAAAGUGCGAGUUGAUAUGGUUCUGCGUGACCGCACAGUCCGCCUACAACCCCCGCUAGAAGAAAUACGCGUACAACACUACAGUCAGCUUCGCCGGCUGGUGUCGCUGCCCAAUCAUUUCGUGGGUCUGCGUGCCAAUAUAGCUGAUGAGAAAUCCAUCUUUGCAUCUAUUGUCGAAAACCACGGCUGGCUGGGCAACCGCGCCGUGCGCUCGCUGGAGGCGGCGCUGCGGGCGGCGCGCGGCGCGUGCGCGCGCUGGGCGCGGCGCGCGGCGCUGGCCUGCGUGCGCGACCUGGACGCGCUCUGCGCGCUGCACCUGCGCCGCGUCGCCGACUGGGAGGACAACUUCAAGGCCUGCAAGGCGCUCGGCCAGGCGGUGGCCAAGAUGCCUUUUGACGACGAAAAAAUAGAAUGGAUAACUAUCGGGACGGCCACGUUGCGUCGCGAGUUUGAAGCUCAAACGCGCAACCUGUGGACUUGUCUCAUGUCGUCCUUACAAGCGAGCUGUCGAGACGACGCUGUAACAUUAGACUCCUUUAUGGCGAACGCCACUGUCAUGCUAGAAGACAAGACAUUACCUAAAAACGCUAAAGAGUUGGCUGAAAUAAGUUCCAAGCAACAGGCGCUACAGGAGCAGAUGCCCGAGAUGGAGAAAACAGUGGAGGAUCUUAAAAGAAAGGGGUACUUGCUUCGAACCUGGGGUGGAGAUUCUUCUUUCGAUAACACCAUACGAGAUUGGGAAAAAUUGCGCGAACAAAUUCUAAGUCAACGAGAGAUGUUCAACCAUCAGGCCGAAAUAGUGAAGGCCGGGCUGAAGGGGUCGUGGAAGAACCUGCACGGCGAAGUGGAGGCGUGGGUGUCGCGCUGCGGCCGCCUCGAGCGCGCGCCCGCCGCCCCGCGCCAGCGAGCGCGCGACGGCCUGCGCGCCGCCGCGCUGGGCCAGCGCCUGCUCGCCGAGCGCGCGCACCUCGCGAUCGAAUGUGAAAAGUUUAACUUGAAUGUCGAAAAUUCAGACACGUGGAAAGAAGCAGAGAGACUAACAAAUGAUCUAUUAAACCUUUGGACGGUACUGAAAGACUACGAUGAUGAGCUCGAAGAGCUAGCUGGUCAAGAAUGGAUAAUUUUUCAGAAGAAGCUACAUCUUCUUGAUGAUUUCGUAGCCAAAUGGAACAGUCAAUUGGAACCAUAUACUACGGCCACCUUAUAUAUAAAACAAGAACUUGAAAAUUAUUUCGACCUGACAACAGCGUUAAAGUACAUACGUGGGACAGAUUUCACCGAGAAUCAUUGGCGUGAAGUGUUCAGUCUUAUAGAACUCGAAUACGUCAAACCUGAAACGUUAUUGGUAAAAGAUUUGUUGAAAGUGGGACACAAUAUCAAGAAACAGAUGAAGGCGUUGCAGAAAAUCAGCGCGGCGGCAUCGAGCGAGGCCACCAUUAGAUGCGCGCUGAACGAGCUGGAGCUGUGGUUCGCGGGCGCCAGACUCGCGCUCGUGCAGCGCGCAGACCAGGCGCAGAGACGCAUCAGCAUCGUCACUAAUUACAAGGAGUUGAUGGCUAAGGUGGAGGAGCAGCAGUGGGUGGUGUCGUCGGCGGGCGCGGCGGGCGCGGCGGGCGCGGCGGGCGGCGCGUGGGCGGCGCGCCUCGGCGCCGCGCUGCGCCUCGCGCGCGCCGCGCACCACGCCCAGCGCAGAUGGUUAUAUUUAGAACCCAUACUAAGUAAUGCUGAUGGUGAACUGGGUUUAAAGUUUCGAAAAGUGGACCAAGGCUUUAGGCAAGUGGCACGGAUUAUCGAAUCAGAUCCCCGCCUUUCGACACUAUUACAGUCGACUAGACUUCAGGCGAUGCUUGAUACAAUAUCCGAGCAAUUAAACGCUUGUCAGUCAGCAUUAAAUGAUUACAUUGACGACAAACGCUUAACUUUUCCAAGAUUGUAUUUUCUGAGUGACGAUGAUCUGCUGGAACUACUGGGUCAAGCACGCACGGGAGCUGAGGGUAGAGAAACAGUAAUGCAAUCACAUUUGAAGAAAUUGUUUCCUGGCAUCACUGGCGUUCAUCUCGGCCCGGGUGGGCUGUCGAUCACGUCUCUCUGUAGCCAUUUUGGAGAAACGUUUCAACUAGACCAUCCUGUUGAUGUCGAUUGCUCUGUUGAGCUUUGGCUAAAGAAUUUAGAACAAGAAAUACGUUCAUCGCUAAAGAACAUGACAUUAAAAUGCUUAGUUGCAAAUUCUUUGCAAGACCAAGAUCCAUUUUCGCUGCCGACGCAAAUAUUAUGCUUAGGUCAAAAUAUAAGAUUCACCGAACAAACAGAAAGAGCUAUUACGUCAAAGGAACUUCACAAGUUAAGAGAUAUAAUUGAAAAAGAAAACUUGUAUUAUGCAGCAGCUGAGACCGAAGAUGAGUGUGAGAAAUAUAAAAAACAAGCUUUGAUAUUGCAGUGUUCAUAUUAUGUGUCGGUUGUACAAAAUUUAAUUGAAAAUAAUGUCGUGACAACUGGUGAUUGGCUCUGGCAGAAACAACUGAGGUUCUACUUGCAAGAUAAUACGGAAGUCGUAGCUAAAAUGGGCUUAGCUCAGAUUUCAUACUCCUACGAAUAUCUCGGCGUUAAUACCGGACAAUUCGUGAGAACUGACACGACCGAUGAGAGCUUUCUUAUUUUGACUCAGUCCUUACAUCUAGGACUAGUGGGAAAUCCCAUCGGGCCUGCUGGAACUGGCAAAACAGAAUCGGUUAAAGCCUUAGGAUGUUUAUUUGGUCGCCUGGUUUUAGUCUUUAAUUGUGACGAAGCGAUGGAUGCAGAAUGCAUGGGACGCCUAUUGACUGGGGUCGCGCUGUGCGGCGCGUGGGGGUGUUUCGAUGAGUUCAACCGACUGUCCAGCGCCACGCUCGCCGUUGUGUCACACCAGUUUGCCUCGCUGCUGGCUGCCAUGCGUCGGGUCGACCCGACCGGCGACCGCACGGCGCUACUCAACGGCAAGCAAGUAGUCGUGUCGGAGUGGUGCGGCGUGGCGGCGACUAUGAACCCGGCGACCCGCGGCUACGGCGGGCGACGCUCGCUGCCGCCCGCGCUGCAGCACGCGCUGCGGCCGCUGGCGCUGCGCCCGCCGCCGCGCGCCGAGCUUGCGGCGCGCUUGCUGGCCGCGUCCGCCGCGCAGCCGCACCUGCAGCCCGAGCAACUCGCCGACGAUCUAGACGCAGUCUUCACGCUAGCUAGCACGCUGCUGAGCGCGCAGCGGCACUACGACUGGGGCCUGCGCGCGCUGAAGGCGGCCGUGGGCGGCGCGCGCGCGGCGCUGCGCGGGGCGGGCGGCGCGCGGGCGGCGCGCGCGGCGCUGCGCGGCGUGCUGCGCCUCAACAACCUGUCCAAGCUCACGCGCCCCGACGCGCACUGUUUUGAAAAUAUUCUGGCUAUGGUUUUCGCGGAUGUACCCGAGGAGCAAUCUACUACAGAUCCUCUGUAUCUAGCGCUCGAAAAUACGGUCCAGCGACUUGGUCUGGUGAACAACAAGUUACAGGUUCAAAAAUGCAUGGAGCUCUAUGAACAGUUGCAGCAACGAAUGGGUGUAGCGAUCGUCGGUCCGCCGGGCUCCGGUAAAAGUACAAUUCGGCAAAUUUUAAAAAGUGCGCUUACUUAUCAAGGUAAAAACGUAGUGGAGUACGUAAUCUGCCCUAAAGCGAUGUCGCGCAGCUGGCUGCUCGGACACGUCGAGCUCGACACUCGCCAGUGGACCGACGGCGUCCUGACCGCCGUCGCGCUCGAAGUGGCCAACCAGCCCGAAGACGUUUGGUCGUGGGUCGUGUGCGACGGCGACAUAGAUCCAGAAUGGAUUGAAGCUCUCAACUCGGUGCUCGAUGAUAACCGUCUCCUAACACUGCCCUCGGGCUGGAGAGUGCAGUUUGGACAAAACGUUAACUUCAUCUUCGAGACACACAGUCUGGAAUACGCCUCACCUGCGACUAUAUCAAGAAUGGGAAUAAUACUGUUUAGCGCUGAAAUUCAUUGCUCUCAAGAAAUUUUAGAUAGUUGGGUACAAAAGAAGGAAUUUGAUAAUGAAACUACAAAAUUAGCUGUCUCGUUUUUGAAUCAAACCGUAAAUAAAUGUCUAAAGUGGCUGAACGUACAUCGAGCUGACGUCACAACGCAAGAUUGUCACAUGUCUUUGGUCAGACAAAUAUUAGCGAAUUUCGAAUACAUAUCUCAAGAAAUUACUUUCGAAAAUAGUUCGCAAAGUGCAGAGGAUAUGGUUUGGUCAGCCGUGCAGCUCGGUACUAUGGGAAUCAUAAAACGAAACGCUAUCGAUAGUUUCUAUGAAGAGCUGGAGAUGCCGCUGCCGGCGGGCGCGGCGGGCGCGGCGGGCGCGCUGUGGGCGGAGGGCGUGCUGCGCGGCGCGCGCGUGCGGGCGUGCGAGCGGGCCGUGCGCGCCGCCGCGCACGCCGUCGUCGUCGGGCCGGAGGGGAGCGCCAAGACUCUUAUAGCAGAAUUUAUCCUGAGGGAAUCCAACUCUACUGUAAUAACGAUCAACUGCACUCCAAACCUAGAACCGGCGGAUAUCAUUGCAGAGUUAAAGCGGAAGAAUGCCGUGGGCGGUGCGGGGCGGGGCGCGGGGCCCGUGCUGCUGGUGCGGGCGCUGCACCGCGCACGCUGCGACGCCUGGGGCUCCUCGCCGGUGCACUCCUUCCUGCUGCAGGUGAUACAGCAGCACGGGUUCUGGUCGCGCGAGGAGGGCGCGCCGCAGUGGCAGGCGACGGGCCGCGUGCGCGCGCUGUGCACGGCCGAGCGGCCGCCGCGCGCGCGCCUCGCCGCCGCGCUCGCGCACGUGCACCUGCCUGAGGCAGAUGAUGAAGAGUUACUCGAACUAUCGAGGAGUUAUCUGUCGGAGAGUGUUCCCAAGAAUGUAAAUGACAAUGACAUUUCUAAUUUGUCUCGUAAUAUGAUAGCGUUGUACAAAGAGGUGAUUGAAACCUUCCACUCGAAAUCACAUUACAAAUGGAACCCGUCUCAUCUUAAACAAUGGUGUGAUAAUAUAAAGUGGUUUUCUCCUAACGAUUUACAGCAAGUUAUCACGGCUUUGAAUGCAAUGGCGAAUAUAAUAUUCAAAAAUCGAUUGGUCACGGACGAGGAAAAAUCUGAAUAUAACACACUAGCUCAAAAUUAUUUCAAAACUGACCAUGAUGUUUAUUUUAUACCCAAGCUCCGCAACGACGGUGUUUACUUGGUACACGCGGAUUACAAAGAGUGGUAUGAAAACACGCAGAAAUUAAUAAACCAGUGUUUGACCGAUGACGAAAACUGUUUCGGCGAAUCUGGUAUAGAAGUGUGUGCGGAAUUGUCGGUUCUGUGUCCGGCCAUCGCGCUCGCUCUGAACGGCGGCGGCGCGAGCUGCGCGGGGGGCGCGGGCGCGGGGCGGCGCGCGGCGGCGCGGCUGCUGUGCGGCGCGGUGGGCGCGCGCCUCGCGCUGCUCGACCAGGCCGCACUCUUCCACACCAGCUUUAAAAACGCUCUGACAUUGGCGAGUGAAGGUACGCGUACGUUGAUAGUGUUGUGCGAGCCGGUAGUUACGCACGACUUGCUGGCGUGUGUUGAGGCCUACCUGUGCGCAACCUUUGUACAUGCAAUACCUACGAGCAUCGUACCAUCCUUUGGACCGACGCAGCAGACGGAACAAACAUUUAUAAAUAUGAAAAAAAACAUAGGUAUAUUGAUUUGCUUGGACAAAGACCAGGAUAACUUGACCGAAUUGCUGGACUCCUAUCCGCUGCUGUACAACAAUAACUUUCUAUGCUGGGUCUCUCAUUGGUCGGACGAAACAUUGAAAGACAUGCCGGCACAGCUGAUACAGAGGCUAUCGAAAGAGAAUGCUCUAGAAAUGUCUCAAGAUGACAUGAAAAGUAUUCCAGUGCAAGGGUUCGUUGACAUAUACAAGAGUUUAGACGCGGAUCGAGUGCGUACACCUUCUCGGUACAUGCAUUUUAUAAAGACGUACAACAAAAUUUUCAACACCAAGAAACAAGCAUUACAGCAACGGCGCGAUACCUUAUGUGCCGGGGUGGAAGCACUGCGCCGCGCUCGUAGCGAAGUAGCGACGUUACAGGACGAGGCGGCGGAACAAGAGGUGGCUUUAUCAGAGAAACAGGCAAAAGCAAAUCAAGCUUUGGACCAGAUAGGGGCCACGGUGCGAGCCACCACCGACAAGAAGGAGGAAAUGUAUCAGCUGAAGAAGAAUAUUGAAAUGGAAAAUGAGAAACUACAAAUUCAAAAAAAAGAAAUUGAGGAAGAAUUAGCGUCAGUGGAACCCGUCAUAGCAGCGGCCCGGGCGGCGGUCGGCGACAUACAGCCGGAGUCUCUCAGUGAAGUGCGCUCACUUCGUGCCCCUCCGGACGUGGUGCGCGAUGUGUUGGAGGGCGUGCUGCGGCUCAUGGGAAUCGCCGACACAUCCUGGCACUCCAUGAAGAGUUUCCUCUCCAAGCGUGGCGUCAAGGAGGAUAUACGAUGCCUGGACGCGCGCCAGAUAAGCCCCGAGGCGGUGCAGUCGGUGGAGCGCCUGCUGCAGCGGCGCGGCGCGUCGUUCGAGCAGGCGGCGGCGCGCCGCGCCAGCGCCGCGUGCGCGCCGCUCGCCGCCUGGGUGCGCGCCAACCUGGACUACGCGCGCGCGCUCGCUCGCGUGCGCCCGCUGCAGGACCGACAGCGACAGCUGCACGGAAAUCUCAAACGAGCGGAGGACGAGCUGGCGGCGCUGUCGAGCGGGCUGGCGACCGUGGACGAGCGCGUGGCGGCGCUCAAGGAGCAGCUGGGGCGACACACGCGCGAGGCGGCCGCCAUCGAGCUGCGACUGAGCACCGCCGUGCAGACCAUCCGUGCCGCCAGCGACCUGCUCGACCGACUCGCGCACGAGUACGACUCGUGGGAGAACGAUCUGCAAAAUAUUACAAUCGAAAUAUUGGAUUUGAAUCAACGGACUCUAUUAGCAGCCGGAUAUCUCACGUUUCUACCUGACCUCACCGAGCCGCAAGCUCGGAACUGCCUGUCAAAAUGGUGCUCAUUAAUAAGCUUCGAAGAUACAUCAUUCUCAUUAAUUAAUUUCUUGUCAACUCCCGAGAGUCAAUUAAAGUGGGAAGCAAAUGGUCUUCCAUUAGAUCAAUCUGCGUUCAAAAAUGCCGUCUACAUUGACCAGUACCUGGAACACUCGUCCGCGCUGAUACCACUACUGAUAGACCCGGAGGGUGAGGCGGAGGUCUGGCUUCGCAGCACGCUCGCACACGCAGACUUCGUGCCGCAGCACGAGCCGCGUCUCGCCACCGCGCUGCACCUCGCACUUAAACUGGGUCGCACCCUAGUGAUAACGGAGGUGGAGUGCAUAGAGGAGUGGUGGUGGAGUACGAUGCGCGGAGCGGGAGCAGGCCGCGCGCGCGUGCUGCUGGCCACGCGCAGGCCCGCUCUGCUCAGCGGCUCGGCGACGCACGUCCGCGCCGCACUCGCUCCACUACAUUUCACUGCGCGUCUGCACGCACUCGUAGAUCAAUUGGUGCGCGGCGCUUUUUAUAAACAAAAUCCAGAAAUGAAGGAAAAAUCUAAAGAAAUUAAACUAACGAAGGCCACGCUACAGAAACGGCAGCUCGAGUUACAGGAAAACCUCCUGAGAGAUCUAUCGGGCAACGCCGACAUCCUACACGACGCGAACCUGCUCGCGGCGCUGGAGAAGACGCGCAGCACGAGCGCCACCAUCGCGCAGGCGCUGGGCGAGGCGCGCGCGCUCGAGGCACAAACGCGCGCCGCGUGCGAGGCGUACGCGCCCAGCGCCACGCGCGCCGCCACGCUGGCGCUGUCCGCCCGCCUAGUGGCCGCGCUGCCGCCCGACGCGCUGCUCGACGUCUUCGUCGGAGCCGUCGCCCGGUCGGAGAAUGAUCCGCAAAAUAUAAACAAUGACGAAGUAGUGAAGUACUUCACGAGAAGAAUCAUAGAACGUGUGCUGUUGAGCUUGCACAAGAAAGACAAGUAUAUCGUCGUCAUGCACUUGUUGCGCCAGGUGUACGACGAUCUUAUACCGGAAAAGCUUUGGCGAAUAUUUAUCGAAAACUUUAAUCUCAUAGAUGAUAAAGAACUCACAAGCGCGAUUAAAAAUCAAUUCCAGUGGAUAAGAGAAGAUUGUGUAAAAAAAGUUGCACAAAUAAAGGUUCAGGAUCAAAAUUUAUAUAAUCGACUCUCACUCGAGAAGUCCGACAUGUGGCUGGAAUUUCAAAAGUUCGGUGAUCUACACGUCCUCAGCAAGCUAAAUCUGGAACCAUUCGAGUGCGUCGUCGCAGUGGCGGCGCUGCGGCCGGAGAGCACCUAUCGGGCCAUCGUAUCUUUUGUCGAUCAAAUAUUAGGCGCGGGCGCGCUGCCGGGCGCGCAGGCGGCGCAGCGCGCGGCGCGCUGGUCGCGGCCCGCGCGGCCCGCGCUGCUGCUGGCGGCGCACGCGCACGACGUGCUGGUCGCGCACGCGCACGCGCACUCGCGAACGCUCACUACGGUGGGCAUCGACGAAGGUCGGAUCGUGUGGGAUGCGGCCUUGGAGACAUCUAGAGGUGGCAGCUGGCUCGCCAUAAGAGUCGGUGCGUCGCCAUUUACGCGCGAUCUGUUGUCGUUCGUUGUUUCCCUGUCGGAGAAACCAGCGAGUGAUUUUAGUGAUGAAUUUCGACUAUGGAUACUGGCGGAAGAUCGCGACAUUCCAUCGACGUUGUCCACGACCUGUGUCAAAGUUAUCCUCGAAUCGCCGGAGGGCGUAAAACGCAACGCGUGCGGCACGCUGAGCGCGUGGACGCGCCUGCGAGCGGACGCGCCGCUGCUGCGACACCUGGCCGGCCUCGCGCUGUUCCACGCGCUCGUGCAGGAGCGCCGCGCCUACAUCCCGCACGGCUGGAGCCAGUGGUACGGCUGGGAGUGGGGCGACGUGAGCGCGGGCGCGGCGGCGGCGCGGGCGGCGGGCGGCGGCCAGGCGGCGCGCGAGCUGUGCGGCGCGCUGUACGAGGCGCGCGUGGAGCGGGCGCGCGACCGCAGCGUGCUGCGCGCGCUGGCGCGGGGCUGUCUGCGCGAGCCCGCGCCCGCGCCGCCCGCGCCCUGGCCGCGCAGCGACGACGUGCAGGACUACAUAACAGCUAUGGAGACACUCCCCGAUAUCGACACGCCGGAAUUGUUGCACCUGCCCGCCAAUUGUCGCGUGGCGUGGGAGAAGAAUGCCGCUGAUAAUAUUAUAGAAGGGUUAAGAGAAUUAAACUCAACCGUCAACAUUAAAACGAGUGACAAUACAACAUCGGUGAAGACGCUUUUAUCAUUAUGGAAGAAAAUGAUGUCCGGGAGUCCUCUCAUUAAAGCCGACUAUCAUGUUGAAAGGGCGCGCGGCUGGUGGGGCGCGGUGUGCGCGAGCGAGCUGCACGACGCCGCCCGCGCCGCGCGCGCGCUGCACGCCGCGCUCGCCGCGCUCGCCCGCCUGCGCGCGCCGCUGCACAAGGUACCGGACGAGUGGCAGCUGCUGUGGUCGGGACCGACGGCGCCCGAAGCUUACAUCAACGAGUUCUGUCACCGAGCUCGCGCCGCCCUCGAGAGAGUUGACGUGCCCGAGUCUAGCGAGGACUAUAUGCCGGCAGAGGUCGACUUGCGGCAGUUCUUCCGGCCGGCGCGCGUGCUGUGCGCGGCGCGGGCGCGCGAGGCGGCGCGGCGCGCGUGCUCGCUGCAGGCGCUCGCACUCGUCGCCAGGUGGGACGGCCCCGCCGCGGAGGCUGCGGGCGACGUGAGAGUGCGCGGCGUGUCGCUGGGCGGCGGCGCGUGGCGCGCGGGCCGCGUGUGCGCCGCGCCCGCCGCCGCGCCGCCGCACGCGCCCGCGCCGCCGCUGCAGCUGCGAUACGUGCCCGCGAUUGCUGGAGGGCAAGCGGCUAUCGAGCACGGGUUCGAAAUACCGCUGUACACGAACGAAUUCCGAGAAGAAGAAUUAGCACGUGUCAGCGCGCCGCUGCACGAGAGCUUUGCGCCGCGCACCGCCCUGCUGCACGCGCUGGCGCUGUUCGUCGCGCCGCUGCAGUGAGCUGCGCCACACAACACACAUUAAGUUACUAGCACAGAAAGUCUGAAAUUAUAAACAUAAUUUGCUGUAAAACGCAAAAGUUUUUUUUU